UACAGUGGGACUUGGAUCUGACACUCCGAAAUCUCUCCCCCAUGAAUCCUGUUCUCAGACGCCUAAAAAUCUACACCUCCCCCUCUUUAUCGCUAUCUCCCUGAUAAUCCCACAAUUUCCUUUUUAUGGGCUUUCUCACUCACUGGCUCUGUCCAAUCCCUCCAUGGCUGUCAUCUUCUCCACUGAUUCUCUACUCUCUGCAAGAAUGAAACAGUCACCUCCAUACCCUUUCUUCAGAAACACCCACUUCUGAACAACUCUGAAGAAUGAUAGUUCUUAGGGGUAGAAGUCUGAUCUGGGUGUUUAUGUGAAGCCAGCUCUGGCUCUCGGAGUGUGAAAUUUUUUACUGUUCUAGUCUUUGUAAGACUAAGUUCCAUUACUCUAUGGGAAGAGAAGUCAGAUAAUGAUAGCUCUGUGACUUUUUCGUUUUUGGUUUUGAAGUGGGAUUGGGAAAGUUGGGUUUUUGAAGAAUUAAUUUCUUUUAUUGUUGUUUGGGAAAAAUGAUAUCUUCGGGGAUAAAUUUGGUGAUGACGGUGAUUGGGUUCGGGGUGAGCACCAUGUUCAUCGUGUUCGUAUGCACGCGACUCGUUUGCGCUCGGAUUCACUUGAAUGCUACCAGGCGCUCCUUACCAGUCGCUUAUAGAUCUGAUCUCAGUAUCCUGGAGCGAGGUUUGCAUGGUCUUGAACCUGUGGUUGUAGCAAAAUUUCCUACAAGGAAGUUUAGCGAUGAAUAUUUCUCGGCUUCAGAAAAUACUCAAUGCACUGUUUGCCUUGCAGAAUUCCGCGGUGAAGAUACAUUGCGUAUCCUCCCCUACUGUGGGCACUUCUUCCAUGUUACCUGCAUAGACAUAUGGCUGCAGCAACAUUCAACAUGUCCUGUUUGUCGAAUAUCAUUGCGUGAGUUGUCCGAGAGAAAACGGUUGAUGCAGCCCUUGUUCAGUUCAGCUGUUCGAUCCAAUUACAGGGCGGAGUCCUUCAACUCCCAUUCUUUUCACUGUCCACUGAGAACCCAUGGUAGCCGUGGGAUGGACCCAAUUCAAGAGGAUCGUUGUAUGCCUGAGGGUAAUAGAGCUGAAGCUGGGGAAAACAUCUCCCCAUUAAGUGAGGGUGAUCAGAUCACAAAAGACUCAGUAACCAAGCAUGUAGAAAGCCCCUCAAAUCCCUAAAUUCAUCAAUUUCUUGGAAUCUAAGCUGCUGCAUUAAUCAGGAAUUAGGAUUAGUUGGAGAUUCAAAUGGGUAUGUCUGAAGAUUUGGAAUUGAAUCCAUUGGAAGUGUAACCUAGGAAGUUUAUUGUUUUCUACUUUUCUCUUGUGGGUUAAUGUAUAUAUUGCAAAAAAGUGAUUUGUUUUUACCUUUCUCACUUCUCCCUUUGACAGUGUGUAGCAUUGGCAGUUUUGUAAGUUUCAGUUGUAUAACUAGAAUUAUUUGAAGAGCUUUGCAAACCCCCUUCCCUUGUAGAAGCAUAUGUAGCUUCUUUUCAUUUGUCAGAAUUUAAUAGGUUAUGUGAUUGUCAAUAUUUUUGUU